CCCGCCUCCCGACUUCCGUUCUUCUUCUUCCUCGCAGAAGCUGCCGUGCUGCUCGCGGGUCCUCGCUGUUCGGGCGCCGACCCGCAGUGCGCUCGCCAUGCCGCGUGGAAGCCGAAGCCGCACCUCCCGCAUGGCCCCUCCGGCCAGCUGGGCCCCUCAGAUGAGAACUGCCCCCAGGCCAGCACCGGCAGCUCAGCCGCCAGCAGCAGCCCCACCAUCUGCAGUUGGCUCACUUGCUGCUGCACCCCGGCAGCCAGGUCUGAUGGCCCAGAUGGCCACCACUGCCGCAGGUGUGGCUGUGGGCUCUGCAGUCGGCCACACACUGGGUCAUGCCAUCACUGGGGGCUUCAGUGGAGGACAUAAUGCUGAACCCUCAAACCCUGACAUCACUUACCAGGAGCCUCAGGGAAGCCAGCCGGCACAGCAGCAGCAGGUUGGCCCUUGCUUCUAUGAGAUAAAACAGUUUUUGGAAUGUGCCCAGAACCAGAGCGACCUAAAGCUCUGUGAGGGGUUCAGUGAAGUGCUGAAGCAGUGCAGACUUGCAAACGGAUUAUCCUAAUCAAGAAGUUCAAACUGAAGAAAUGAAAAAUCGGCUCUCAAGAGCAAGUUAAUUUAGUAAUUGAUAGUGAAAGUAUAAAGUGUAAAAUCAUCAGUUAAACCUCUUCUCUGUCAUUUAAUAGCUUCCUUGCUUCAGAAUUGCAGUGGAAGAGGGUGUUCUUACUGUGUAGAAGUUCACUGAGAUGGUAAAGAAUCGGGGGCUGGGCAACUGUUGGUUGGUGUGGCCUCCUUAAACCAGCUGUUGUAAUGUUAUUUGCAAGGUAAUUAAAUAAAGCGAUUUCCUUCUA